UCUCUCGGCGGAGCUAGAGCGAGUGAACCAGACAGAGCCUGUGAUGGUCGCCGCGGUGCGCGCUGCACCGGUGCCGCCCGGCAAGCCGCCGCCGGGGCUCGCGAUGCUGGAGGUGUCGGCGGCGGCGGCGGCGGGGGAGGAGCGGCUGUCCGACGCGUCCACGGCGGCGCCCAACUCGAGCCUCAGCUCGGCCAGCAGCGCCGGCAGCCUGCCGCGGUGCUCCAGCCUCUCCCGCCUCUCCUUCGACUGCUCCCCGUCCGCCGCCCUGGCCGCCGCCGCCGCGCGCUCCCCCCCGCCCGCGGCGGCGUCGCGGCCGCACCGGUCGGGCGACGCGGCGUGGGCGGCGAUCCGCGCGGCGUCCACGUCCGCCGCCGCGCCGCUCGGGCCCCGGGACUUCAAGCUGCUGCGCCGCGUCGGCGGCGGCGACGUCGGGACCGUGUACCUCUGCCGCCUCCAGGGCGCCGCGAGGGAGGGCGCGUGCCACCUCUACGCGAUGAAGGUGGUGGACCGGCGCGUCGUGGCCAAGAAGAAGAAGCUGGAGCGCGCGGCGGCGGAGAAGCGGAUCCUCCGGGCGCUCGACCACCCCUUCCUCCCCACGCUCUUCGCCGACUUCGACGCCGCGCCGCACUUCUCCUGCGUCGUCAUGGAGUUCUGCCCCGGCGGCGACCUCCACUCGCUCCGCCACCGCAUGCCCUCCCGCCGCUUCCCGCUCCCGUCCGCUCGGUUCUACGCGGCGGAGGUGCUGCUGGCGCUGGAGUACCUGCACAUGAUGGGCAUCGUGUACCGCGACCUCAAGCCGGAGAACGUCCUGAUCCGCGCCGACGGCCACAUCAUGCUCACCGACUUCGACCUGUCGCUGGAGUCCACGUCCUCGCCGUCGCUGGAGUCCGCCGUGGACGACGACGGCGGCGGCGCGUCGACCUCCGUGUCCUGCUUCCCGGACCACCUGUUCAAGCGACGCCGCCGGCGCCAGCGCCGCACCGCCGCGCCGCGGACGUUCGUGGCGGAGCCCGUGGGCGCGCGCUCCUGCUCGUUCGUGGGCACGCACGAGUACGUGGCCCCCGAGGUCGCCCGCGGCGAUCCCCACGGCGCCGCCGUGGACUGGUGGGCCCUGGGCGUGUUCCUCUACGAGCUCCUCCACGGGCGCACCCCGUUCGCCGGCGCCGACAACGCGUCCACGCUCCGCAACAUCGCGCGCCGCCCGCUCGCGUUCCCGCCCACCUCGGGCUCCUGCGGCCCCGCCGACGCCGACGCGCGGGACCUCAUCGCCGGGCUCCUCGCCAAGGACCCGGCCCGGCGCCUCGGGUCCCGCCGCGGCGCCGCCGACGUGAAGGCCCACCCUUUCUUCCGCGGCCUCAACUUCGCGCUGCUCCGGGCAUCCCGCCCGCCCGUCGUCCCCGGCGCGUCGCCGCUGCACCGGUCGCAGUCCUGCCACGCCGCGCCGGUCCCCGCUACGCCCAGCAAUAGGAAGAAGCCGGCGCCGGCACCGGACCCCCGAUUUGACCUGUUCUGAGUUCUGAACGUUGCCGCCGCCGCCAUCGUCGCCGGGAGACACGCCGCCAGCAUUAACCUAGCCAGGAUGUACACAAGCUAGUAGCUGCAUGUACUCGUACUAAUUUAAUCUUAUGUACUAAUACUACGCCAUUAGUCUGAUCCUAA